AUGGCAGCUCUGCGUGCAGCAAAACAAGCUUUGAGAAGAGAAAUCAAGGGUCGAGUGGCUAGAGUGAGUAAACAGGUGAAACUAGACAGUCUCGAGUUGUCUCGCAAAAGACAGUCUCGAGUUGUCUCGCAAAAGUUGUUCAGGCAUCCCAAAUACCUGUCCAGCCAGCGUGUGGCUGUCUUCCUGAACAUGCAUGAUGAGGUGCGCACAGACGACAUCCUCCAGGACAUCUUCAAGAGGGGCAAAGCCUGCUUCAUUCCCAGAUACUUCACCGAGAGCAGUCAUAUGGACAUGUUACGACUCAGAGACAUGGAGGAGUGGAACAUCCAGCAGCCAGCAGACGACGACUCCGACAGAGAGGAAGCUCUGGCCACAGGAGGACUAGAUCUUAUCCUCAUGCCUGGUUUGGGAUUUGAUAAGAAGGGGAAUCGGCUUGGCAGAGGAAAGGAUUUCUACGACACGUAUCUGGAGCGCUGUAGGAUGCACCCGAAGGGAAAGCCGUACACCAUGGCCUUGGCUUUCAAAGAGCAGCUGUGUGCUGAAGUCCCAGUGGGUGAACAUGAUAUUCCUAUUGAUGAAGUCCUCUAUGAAGACGAGGAAUGAACUGCACCAGUCAGACCUUGAUUUCAGCGCUGCUCAAAGUCAUUUGAAUUCAAAUGAUUCCUGCG